CGAUCAAGUCGAGUCAGCAAGCAACAACUCGUUCACAGUUUGAAAUUAGUUCGAGAGUUCGACUUGGAGCGCAAACGCACUCGUUUGUCUGGCUCGUCAAGUCGAGUCGUCAUUCAGGCGCGCGCACCCGCGAGUGUUGCACGCACGCAUAGUAACUUUAUCAAUCGUGAUAAGUAUAUCGUUAUUUCGAUCGUUACUUUUAUUAUAUCGUAAUAGUUUGUGAUAAUGGCACCCUCUUCAAAUGCUGUCGUGGGAAUUGACGAUGAUCAGCGCUUCGCGUUGAUGAAGUUCCGAAGGAGCGUGAAAGAUGUUUUGAAACCGGAACACAAUGAUCACUUUUUGCUGCGAUGGCUCAGAGCUAGACAAUGGGACCCGGAGGCAGCAGAAAAAAUGCUAAGAGACUCCCUGAAAUGGCGAGAGAAAUGGGGUAUCGACACCACUCUUCAGACUUGGGAGGCACCAGAGGUGUUGACCAAACAUUUCCCCAGUGGGACUACAGGUUUCGACAAAGAAGGAUCACCGGUAAUCAUCGUCCCGUUCGUGGGGCUAGACGUGUGGGGUCUCCUACACUCCGUGACAAAGACUGACGUCAUUCGCAUGGUCCUGAGACACCUGGAGAACUACCUCGCCAGCGCCAGGAAACAGGCUGAAGAACAUGGUCCAGCCGCGUUAAAGGUAACAGUAUUAUUCGACUUGGAAGGUUUCAACAUUAAGCAGUACGCGUGGAAACCAGCCGCCGAGAUGGUGUUCACCUUGCUGCAGGUCUACGAAGCCAACUACCCUGAGAUACUGAAGAUCUGCUAUAUUAUCAAUGCUCCCAAAGUAUUCUCCCUGGCAUUCUCCGUGAUCAAGAAGUUCAUGCAUGAGUACACAAUCUCCAAGAUAAAGAUCUAUGGGUCUGAUGCCAAGAAGUGGCAGGCACAGGUCCUCACAACGAUAGAUAAAGAGCAGCUUCCCGUGCACUACGGAGGCACCAUGGUGGACGAGGACGGCGAUCCAAGAUGUUCCCUUCUUGUGAAGCCAGGCGGUAAAGUUCCUAAAAGCUACUACACUAGCAACCAGACGUACGAGUCGGACAAGGAGUUCAAGCGAGUCACCAUCAAGACUGGAGAGAAACAUGUCAUCGACCUACUCUGCUCAGACAAUGAUAGUGUUUUGAAAUGGGAGUUCGGAGUGGACCAGCAUGACAUAAAGUUUGUGAUCAAGCGACGAGAUGAAGAAGGCAACGAGACUAUCGUGCAUGGGCCCCGGAAGGUGACUGAGGGACCCGCAGACGUCGGUGUCAUGGCCGUCAACGGACCAGCUACAUAUUCGAUCAUUUUCGACAACAAGAGCGCGUUCCUUCGCAAUAAAAAAGUUUAUUAUGAUGUCCUGAUUUCUGUACCUACGCGAGACUUGAACAUCAGUGACGAUCCCACGGACGAACUUCAGUCUGCCGCAGCCUGCAGCACCACCUUAUAAAAAAUGACUGGGUCCAUAGACUAAAUAGAUUUAUUAUUUGCCCCUAAAAAUUCAGCAAUAAAAAUUUCACGGCAAUUUCUUUAGCUAAUGGUAGACAAUGGAUUUGUGAUUGAUAGUAUUUGAUAGACUUUUAUUAUUGCCAUUUAAUCAGAUCAGACUAUCUUACUAGCCCCGAGUGCGAUUUAUUUGUUGUUCAACCUUGUCAAGUAUUUUUUCAAAGGAAGUUUUAAGUAGGUAAAUGACUCGGUAGAUAUAUACCUAGGUAUGUAAAUACUACGAUCUAUAUAGUGCCUACCUAUAAUUCUAUUAUUUCGUCCUUAUUGUAUAUUUUAAAGAAUGACGUUUAUACUUUUAUCCUGUUUUAGUCACUUCUGACGUGUGUUACAAAUAGCAUAUAAAAUUUAGACUAAAUACAGAGGCAGAUAAACCCUAAAGAUUGGUAAGCACCUCAUUGGCGCCCAUAGUUAUUUUUAGCGCCACCGCUACACUACAUGUGGGUAGUUAAGCACGCGCGUCUCGCUCCCUCUGGCGCCCUAGACACUUCCCUAGUUUACCUCCGAGGUAAUACGGCUCUGUCUAAAAGGACGAUUUUAGAUGAAAUCCUUUGUAGUAGGUAUGUGUAUUAUAAUACAGUUAAUUACUUAAAUGUUUAUAGAAUUUUCUACAAAUAAAAUUAUGUUUCACUAUAUAGUUUAUAAAUUUAAAAAAUGUAAGUAAAUUGUACUUAUGUAGAAGGUCCUGUAAUAAUUAUACCUAUCCCAAAUUAGUUUUAUAAGAAUAUUUUUAGGACAAACAAUGUUUUUACUUAGGUACUGAUACAUAGUAUAGUGGGAGCUUUGAUGGUAAAUAGGUAAAAUAAGAACAAAUGCUAUGCAUUUAACGGAGGUAUCUACAUUAUUUGAAACGGAAGCAUUUCUGUGAUAGUUUUUAUUCAACAAAUGUUUUAAUGUUUAAAUAUAAGAAAAUUUUGUACCUAA